AUUGGCUGAGACGCCGAAGCCAAUGAGAAGGCGCGAUGUUGACGGGGUCGUAAGAUGGCUGCCGGGACGCCGCUUUCUGACGGCUCCAGUUAACGGGAAUGUCAGCAGGCCAGACAUCCUACGCUGGAAUCCGUGGCGCUUAGUUCUGUGUCCGGGAGGGGAUUCUCCCCGUUUGGGGAUUGGAGUGUGGCGCUGCCGCCAGAGAGUCUGCGGAGUUCCGGGUGGCGCAGCCAAGCAGGAAAAGGUGUACCUUUAUAGAGCCACCCUUUUGCAAUCUUGAACGUUAAGAAAAGAUGUGGAGUGGGCUGCUACCUUCUGGCCUAAAUGAAAGUGAUGUUGAGUCGAAUUCUGAAGAUGAAGCCACAUUAGAGGACUCAGGACUUAACUUACAGGAAGAUACAGAAGAUGGAACCAUUCGAAAAACAGAAAUCUCAGAUUUCCCAACAGAUGGAUCUAAAACUGAAACAAAGGCAAAUGUAAAUGCAUAUGAAGAGUGCCCUUCUGGAAUUUCCUUAAAUAUGUGGAAUAAAUUUCAAGAAUUGCACAAAAAACAUUCUGAACAGAAAAGCUCAACCUCAAGAUUCAGAAGGAAAAAAAGAAAACGCUCCAGAAAAGAUAAAUUGAAGAAUGAAGAAGAAUCUCAUAGUGAACAGUCCUCAAAUGAAACCCAGUGGAAGGAACUUACUCAGUAUUUUGGAGUCAAUGAUAGAUUUGAACCUGCUGUUAAAAAGAAAAAAGUUGAGAAGUCAGGCCUUGAAAAGAGGAUAGACCAGGCUGUGGAAGAGUGGAAUAUUGAGAAGGCUGAGGAACUCAGCAACCAGCUAGCUACUCGAGAGCUUGGUGUAAAAAUUGCCAAAGCAAUUGCCUGCCACAACUUCGUAAAAGCCAAAAAGGAGGCUGAAAAUUCACAGGCUGCUCGAAAAAAGAAGAAACUUGCAUGGGGGUUUGAAGCAAAGAAGAGAUGGGAAACCAAAAGCAACAUGGGAUAUAUGUAACUUGUGAGAGUUCUUCAAGACAUUUGUAGACUCAAGUGCUCAAUUUACUGAAAAGAUUUUCCUGCUUAUGCUAAAUGUCAGGAAAUUGAUAGAAAUAGAAAAAAAUCAGCAUAAAAUUUGGGAGUUGAUUAUCGACUCUUUUCAAUCUUUCUCUAAGGAAUUCAUCCUAUUGAAGUGAAUAAAAUGAAGCAUUCUGUUAUUUGUAUGAAGAAAUCUAAGAAAAAAUAUGGAAAAAAAGGAUAGGAUUUUAUUCAUUUGUAUAGACCUACAGUAUAAAAUCAAUUUUGCUUUUUAUCCAUUUGGUAUAGCAUAGCCAGUGAGCUCCUUGUACUUUCUUAUCUGUACUUGGUAUAACUGCACUUUUACUGGAAUUGUGUUUUUAAGAUUGGCAUGUGUUUAUAAUGGAUUAGUCAUAAGUGCAGAAACAUCUCAAUUGAUACUGUCUAUACAAAUGAUUUUAAUUACUUUAAUGUUAUAAAAGUAAUUUAUUGAUUUUCUAUUGGAGGCAACAGAGUUGACAUUUCAAAAUUACAUAGUAAAAGCAAUUGGUUAAUUUUUAUGUUGAUAAAAUAUUACAAUAAAAAGGGACAGAAUAUAGUAUUUGGAGGAUGAUGUAAAUUGAGCUUUGCCUAGAAAUAUCUUCCUAAAUUUCUUUCUUGGCUAUAUCAUUCUUUAAAUUAUGAGGUAGUUCUUAGAAGAGAAAAAUGGUAUAAUUGUAUUAAACAGACACUUAUAACUCAAGAUAAUAUAACUUUGAACCUUGUAAGACCUCGUUUGUUUUUACUCCUCUUUCCCACUACUUAAAAGAUGGAAUGAAUUAAUGAGGAGAAAGGGAGGAUUGGUACUGUAGGAAGUAGUUUUCCUUAGAUGUGUGUGCUUCAUGGUCUUCUUGAGAAGGAGCUUGGAGGAGUGACAUGACAAGCUGGUAGAGAAGACCACAGCUGGAUGUUUUAGCACCUCCCCACUCAGUGCUCAGCAGAGGUAGAGAACUACUUACUGUGGUUUUCAUCAUCUCCUUUCCUCAUCCUUUGUUAGAGGUUUUCUAGCUGUCUGAUAUAAACUUUCUCUGGGUUGAUAAUAUAAAUUCAGGAACAUAUAAAAUGAGACAUGAUCAUAAUUAUAUUACUGUUAUUUUUAGAUUUAAAACAGUAACAAAAUUUUAUCAAUUAAAUGGUGACACAUUUUAUGUUCUGUGUUCUGGAAUAAGUGAAUACCUAGUUGCUAUUUAAGAGGCUAAAAAUCAUAGCUUGUUUUCAUUUAAUUGAGAAAGCCUAGAGAAAGCACACUUUUAGUAGAUUGUGUGUCAUACUAAUUCAUUAUGAAAAGGCAUCCAGACCUCUAAGAUAAGCUUGGAAAAUCUUAUAUUUUAUGAUUUAGAAUUCCCAGUUCCAUUUUAUAGAUACAAUCAUGUACAGUUUACCUACAAUAUCCACUUCAAACUGCUAGUAGGUAAAUACAAACUUACAGGAACCUUUCCUCUAAAAAUCCUUUGUAGGGAAAUAUCUAUUACACUGUCCAGUGGUUUUGUCUGAAAUAUUAAAAAUGUUAUUUUUGAGCAGGUGAGUGGUAUGGAUAUUCUCACACAUGGGGCCCCGACACAGGCAUUUCCCUUUGGCCUCUGCCUCAUUUUUCUUUUCCCGUAUCCACUCCGUAGAGCACUGAGUGACACACCUGCAGGCAUGUUUCACUACUCGAGCAGAGGCUUUACCAGAGUGGCCUCCUGUAGGGUCUGUUCUGGGAGCCUGUCUAGCCAUGGAAGCCCUUCUGUAGCCCACUCUAGUGCCAGGAUUGCUCCUUUAGCACCUUUCCCAGGGUUCUCAUGUCGAGGGGAGCAUUUCAGCUGAGUGGACAGCAUUGUGGUGGAAUCUGAUGCAGCAGCAGACCCAUUUGAUAAGGGAGGCUACAUCUCCUAAGUCUCCACUUUUUGGGGGGCGUGGGUUGUGGAAAGCUUUAAAACAUGGCACAGCAGAAGAGAAGGGGUGGGAGCAAAGGAUUUGGGGGAGAGGAAGGGACAGGUUGUCUUGGGUUGGCCCUGCUGGCAUAUCAUUUGAGACCAGUUUUAUUUGAUCAGCUUUAAUAUGAAUUAGACAUUUUACUCAUUAAAGCAAUAAAAUGGGAACAUUA